CGCUUCGAAACGUCAAACUGUUCCGACAGCUCGAAAGGUAGGUAGCAAGAAAAUAAACAACAAAUUGGAAAAGAAUUUGCAGCAAAGCGGCAUUAUCGAAGGGCCAAAUCACGGGGCAUGUAGGCCUGCGGAACCGUUCGCCGGUGCAGAACGACUAGCAAUCAACCCACAAGCAGCUAGCUGGGACUACAAUCAACCACUCGCCAAACGCAAACGCUAUCAGCACGUAAUUCCCAAACCUUGGAGGAAAAAAACUUACCAAAAAUUGCGAAAUUCGGUAUCCCCAAUCGCCCUGGGUGGAUCAAGCGCAUAAAGACAGCCCGUGCCAAUUCCGGCAAUUAAUCCGGCGCCCCAGUUAUCCGGCCAGUAACACUUAAAGAUGCAAAAGCUAAAGAUGUUCGUGCAGCGGAACCUGGUGACGAUCGUGAUGAUUCCAUCGCUGAUCGGUCUGCACUGGGCGUGGGACUCCCUGCAGCACAACCGAGCCCUCGUGUCCGACUACGAGCGCAAGGAUCUGCCGGUCGUAAUCGCGGCAAAAGCGCUAUGGCAGCGGGUUACCAACGAAGCAGAAUCCAGCGAACAGCAGCAGGACAAAUCGCAGUAACGUUCAUGGGGUUCUGCUCCUUCCAACACCAAGGAGCGCACCGACUCGUUUUUGUAUAUGAAUCGUUGUUUUGGGGGUUCGUUUGCCGGUAGCGGUGGUGACCUUGUAUGGAAAUAAAUUAAAGCAUGAGUAGCGUUUAAA